AUAAAUAUAAGGAAGCCCUGGGUUGGAGUAUCAGGGUUUUGCUUUCUAAUUGCGUGUUCUGGAGCUGGAGACGAGGAGGGAAAGCAAAUAGGCUGCGCCUUUUUUGGUUAUUGGAAGGGACGGCAAGCGAAGGACGCGCGGAGAGCUGCCUAGCUUUAGAUCUUGGGGAAAGGGGAUGGAUUCGCAGAAGCAAGAGGAGGAGGAGGACGAGGACAGCCAGAGGACUGGUCUUCGAAUGGGCGGAGAUGGCGGCGGAGGCGCGGCGAGGCCGACUCACCACCGUUUGAUCGUCCCCAAGCCGGAGCCGAUGGAGUUCAUGGGGGCGCUACCGUUCCUCAGGCGGCCGGGCGGGCGGAGCAAGGACCGGCACACCAAGGUGGAGGGCCGCGGGCGGAGGAUCCGCAUGCCGGCCGCUUGCGCUGCGAGGAUCUUUCAACUAACCCGGGAGCUCGGGCACAAGUCGGAUGGGGAGACCAUCCGGUGGCUCCUCCAGCACGCCGAGCCCGCCAUCAUCGCCGCCACCGGGACCGGCACCGUCCCCGCCAUCGCCACCACCGUCGACGGUACCCUCAAAAUCCCCACCGAGGCCGCCUCCGCCUCCAGGUGCUUUACCUCCACCGCGGACGGCGCUGGAGGGGAAGAGUCCGGCGCGAAGCGGAGGAAAAAGCUACAACCCACGCGGGCGGCCGCCAACAGCGGCGGCGGCGGCGGCGUCGCAGCAGUUCCGUACUACCCUAUCUCAGCUGCAGACCCGCUGCUCCAGGGCAGCGGCGCCAUUUCCAUGUCGACGGGGAUGGCCCCCAUCGCGGCGGUGGGGGCGGCGCCGGCUGGGCUGGUACCGAUGUGGGCGAUGGGGAACACCGUCGGCGCGAGCGUAAUACCUCCUGGAGCUCUCUGGAUGCUGCCGCCCUCGUCGGCAAUCCCGGCAGGGCCGUCGAGCCAGCAGCCGCAGAUAUGGACGUUCCCAUCGCCGCAGAUCAUCAACCUCGCAGGUGCCAGGCCAGUUCCAGCGGUGUUCCCCGGCAGCAUGCCUGGGUUGAAUCUUGCAACGACGGUGGACGCACAGCCGCUGCCGGCGGCGGACGGCUCGGCGGCCGUCGAUGGCAAGAAGGGCGAGGACGGGGCCUCCGCCGCCGGGGAGGCGGGGAAGACGCAGGAGUUACAGCUCAUGGGAGAGUCGGUGGAGAGCCGGCACGGCCAAGAAGCGGAAGAACAACAACGGCAGGAGCCGGAGGAAGAAGAAGAGGACGACGAGCCGCUAUCGGAAUCCAGCCCAGAAGACUAGAGUGGGACGCACCAGCGCACGUGAGUACAUAUUAACUUUUUGCACCCUUUCGAGAGCUCCUGAUUGGGUUUAGGGACGGUGGUCCCCACUGGCGGGAGCCACCACCUGUCCAUCACGUGAUUGGGUUGGAAGCGGAACCGAACGAAAGGGCGGGCGGGAGCCUGGCGGCGGGCCCCACCCCGGAGGGUAUACGCGUCCGGUGGUAGCUGGAAGCGUGGGGCGGCGGAGAAAUUAGGGCAUGGACCAGGUCCAGGGGAUCCAGAUGUACGGCUGAUAACCGGCCCCUCCCAUUUGAUCCUGAAUUGGUUAAAUAUAAGGAGUAACGUGGCGGGUGACUAUUGGCUGGUCCACU